AACUCUGAAAAUACGUUAAACGACAUAGCGUAGCAGAGUAAUGGUCUCUAUCUAUGGCACAAGAGUUUCUUAAACCCUGAAAAAGAGUAAAGAGAAACCCUAAAAUUGAUCGAAAUCGUCAAUAGAUUCAGAUCCCUUCGUCGCCACCAUUCCACCGCCGCUGCUCACUAAUCGUUGGCCAACGUCUUCCGCUGCUGCUCUUUCGUUCCAAGCUCAACUACCCAUUUGAUAUUAAUCACUUUUUUUCGGUUUUUACUACUCAGCCAAUGUUACUCUACCGCUCUUUAGUCACCAAAGCGAUCCACAUACGACCCUAUACCCAAGCCGCUGCUGCGGCACUCCAGGUAGAGCCGCCUGAGCCUCCUGUGCUGACGUAUCUUGAAGGGUUUCCAACACCUGACCCGAAAUACGCAGAGACGAUCCUUGCAAUCCCUCGUGUUUCAUCGGGUAAGAGCACCUCAGCCAAGGAGCGAAAGGCAGGGCGAGUCCCCAGCAUUGUGUUUGAGCAGGAGGACGGUCAGCAUGGAGGUAACAAGCGCCUUAUCUCUGUCCGCACAAACCAAAUACGCAAACUUGUCACUCAGCUAGGCCGCUCUUUCUUCCUCUCUCGACUCUUUGACCUUGAGGUUCGCUCUGAUUUUGAAUCUGACACUGACCUUAUCGAGAAGGUCCGCGUGCUUCCUCGCCUGGUUCAUCUUCACUCAGGGACGGAUGCUCCACUUAACGUAACCUUUAUAAGGGCACCUUCACAUGCUUUGUUGAAAGUUAAUAUUCCUCUAGUAUUCCGAGGAGACGAUAUAUCCCCUGGACUAAGGAAAGGCUCUUAUUUAAACACCAUAAAGAGGACUGUAAAGUUUCUUUGUCCUGCGGAUGUUGUUCCUCCAUUCAUCGAUGUGGAUCUGAGCGAGUUGGACGUAGGCCAGAAGUUGGUUGUUGGCGAUCUGAAGGUCCAUCCGGCGUUAAUGCCUCUUCAUCCAAAAGAAGAGCCUGUUUGUAAGAUUGCGGGAACCAGGGUUUCUGACCAAAAGAAAUCCAAGUAAUUAACUCUUCUUGGAUUUGAUUAUGAAGAAGUUCAGUUCCAUUGCCUCCGUGAUGAUCUAUUGUUCAGCUUAUUAUUAUGGGAGUGAUCAAGGCAGGUUUACGCAUCUUUUCCCUUCUUUUUUUGGCAUUUAACCAGCUAGGUGUACGCAUCUUUUCCCUUCUUUUUUUGGCAUUUAACCAGGUGUAUCGGGUAAUAAGGGAUGUGUGAGAAAUUGAAUGCAGCGUGGAAGGAAAAUAUAUUGUUGCUUAUCAGUUAACUCUUUAAGGCUAGGGAGAAUAAUGCAGUAUUUUGUUACAUAAGAAUUUAUGCAAUUCAGAGAAAGGUUCUAUUUUAAGGCACAUUUUCACUUAUUCAUUAUAUUUGAACAUUUGCUUCA